CAGUUUUCUUAAACUCGUCAUUCAUUCAGCUGCUGCUUGUAGGCUUAUCAUCAAGUGAAGUUGUUUCUGCUUAUGAAGUAGCACGCACUUAAUCUAUAAAUUUCCAUUGAUUAGUUAAGUAAUAAUUGAAACAAAGUUUGUACAUUUUACUAAAGAUGGCAAAUACUAACUCUGACGGCAGACUGGUAGCACUAAAUGAAUUAAAAUUGAAACUCGCAGAACACCAGAAAUUAGCUAAGGCCAAGAAUAUUUUCGACGACGCGUGGCUAACUGGAUUUCUUAACGGGACAAAGUACGAUGUAGACGGUGCAAUAAAAUGCUUGGAGCAAUUUAUCUACAUUAGGACGAAAAAGUAUAGACAAUUUUCUGUAAAAUAUAUGAACCCCUUAACGUUGACAGCAUUGGAUGUGGGUUGCAUAAGAACUUUAAAAUACUCGGAUGAGAAGGGCAGGCGAAUAGGUGUCGGACAAUUCACUUUUUGGGAUGCCUCCAAAUAUAAUGCGUACGAGGUCCUCGCGGAGUGUGUCCUCCACAUGGACGAAUCCAUGCGGAGUUAUUUGACAGGUUCGGUAGGAAACGAAUGCAUCGUAAUCCUAGAUUUGGCUGGACUUGGCAUCCAGCACAUUCGACAAGGGACGCCGAGUAAAAUUGUGCAAUAUUUUGAUUUUUUUCUGAACAAUAUUCCAGUCCGAAUUGCAGGAAUCCACUUGCUCAACAUGUGCACCCUUGGAAAGUUUUUCUUAUCCGUGUGCAAACGAUGUUUGAAGGAAAAACUACGUAGCCGGAUUUACAUCCACAAUGAUUUGGAGUCGUUUCAUGGUUUGAUCCCCACUUCCGCUCUACCUUUAUCGCUUGGAGGUGAUCUCAAUGGCGAAGAUGCUUAUGAAAAUGAGUUUGUUUCAAGAAUUCGUGGUCAGCAAACGUUUUACAAAAGGAUUGCAGAUUUGGCAAUGAAUUCAUAAGUAGUUCAGAUAAGGUGGCAUUGGGUGAAAUGAAUAAUUUAAUUGUGUCAAUAUUUAUAACGAUGUUCUUUGUUUCCUUAAUGCAACAUUUAAUAAAAUAUAUGUGAAGUCAUUAUUUUUUUAAACUA